AUGCGGCCCGUGCGCCAGCCUCGAAAUUUAUACGUGGUGAGUGACACUGGUGUGACGAGGCCUGUCGCAACGCCUCUCUUGAAACCAUGUUUGGGUCGACGACUCCCAAUGACAUGGCAGCCAGGUGCGAAGAACCCAUGGCCUCAGGUGCCUGCAGCGGCAGAGGGUGUUGAGUGGCUUGACUGUUUCUUGCUAGUACACAGUAGUAGUAUAACAGGACAGGCCUUGGAACCGAGGGUUGGGCCGACAAAUACGACGGAUCAUCCCGGCCCUACUUAUUCACGUCGAGUGCAUCAAGAGCCUCCUGUAAGUACGUCUCAAGAAGGGCGGAGAAACGACGGAAAUUUUGGCACCCAGGUUCCAGGUCACGGAUGGGCGGCUCGCCUGGCAGCCGUUUGCGGAUAA